CGGGUGUUUGUGUUGGAAAAUCCAACUGCGCCACUGGGCGGAGCGGCCCCCCCAGCCCCGGCCUGGGAGAAGGGGGGGCCGCUCGACCCCCUGGGAUACCUUGGGGAGACUGAACACCUGGGACCCCCCCAGAACCAGGCUGUUACUGAGGCGGAGACACGGGUGAUGAUUGGCUUUCUGGGGAGAGAGGAAGUCCUGUGAUUGGCCAGAUCUCUGGAGCUCGCCGACGCGGUGUGAGGACGCUCCCACGGAGGCCGGAAUUGGCCGUGAAAGGACCCAGGCAGCCAUCUGGGGGUAGCAGGCACUCUUACCAGAGCGGCUGGAGCCGGACCAUCGUCCCAGAGAGCUGGGGCAGAGGGCCGUGCCCAAUCUCCAGGGCUCCUGGGGCCACUGCUGACCUGGCUGGAUGCAUCGGGCAGUGGACCCUCCAGGGGCCCGCGCUGCACGGGAAGCCUUUGCCCUUGGGGGCCUGAGCUGUGCUGGGGCCUGGAGCUCCUGCCCGCCUCAUCCCCCUCCUCGUAGCGCAUGGCUGCCUGGAGGCAGAUGCUCAGCCAGCAUUGGGCAGCCCCCGCUUCCUGCUCCCCUACCCCCUUCACAUGGCAGUAGUUCUGGGCACCCCAACAAACCAUAUUAUGCUCCAGGGGCGCCCACUCCAAGACCCCUCCAUGGGAAGCUGGAAUCCCUGCAUGGCUGUGUGCAGGCAUUGCUCCGGGAGCCAGCCCAGCCAGGGCUUUGGGAACAGCUUGGGCAACUGUACGAGUCAGAGCACGACAGUGAGGAGGCCACACGCUGCUACCACAGCGCCCUUCGAUACGGAGGAAGCUUCGCUGAGCUGGGGCCCCGCAUUGGCCGACUGCAGCAGGCCCAGCUCUGGAACUUCCAUACUGGCUCCUGCCAGCACCGAGCCAAGGUCCUGCCCCCACUGGAGCAAGUGUGGAACUUGUUACACCUUGAGCACAAGCGGAACUAUGGAGCCAAGCGGGGAGGUCCCCCGGUGAAGCGAGCUGCCGAACCCCCAGUGGUGCAGCCUGUGCCUCCUGCAGCACUCUCAGGCCCCUCAGGGGAGGAGGGCCUCAGCCCUGGAGGCAAGCGAAGGAGAGGCUGCAACUCUGAACAGACCGGCCUUCCCCCAGGGCUGCCACUGCCUCCACCACCAUUACCACCACCACCGCCACCACCACCCCUGCCUGGCCUGGCCACCAGCCCCCCAUUUCAGCUAACCAAGCCAGGGCUGUGGAGUACCCUGCAUGGAGAUGCCUGGGGCCCAGAGCGCAAGGGUUCAGCACCCCCAGAGCGCCAGGAGCAGCGGCACUCGCUGCCUCACCCAUAUCCAUACCCAGCUCCAGCGUACACCACGCACCCCCCUGGCCACCGGCUGGUCCCGGCUGCUCCCCCAGGCCCGGGCCCCCGCCCCCCAGGAGCAGAGAGCCAUGGCUGCCUGCCUGCCACCCGUCCCCCCGGAAGUGACCUUAGAGAGAGCAGAGUUCAGAGGUCGCGGAUGGACUCCAGCGUUUCACCAGCAGCAACCACCGCCUGCGUGCCUUACGCCCCUUCCCGGCCCCCUGGCCUCCCCGGCACCACCACCAGCAGCAGCAGUAGCAGCAGCAGCAACACUGGUCUCCGGGGCGUGGAGCCGAACCCAGGCAUUCCCGGCGCUGACCAUUACCAAACUACCGCGCUGGAGGUCUCUCACCAGGGCCGCCUGGGGCCCUCGGCACACAGCAGUCGGAAACCGUUCUUGGGGGCUCCCGCUGCCACUCCCCACCUAUCCCUGCCACCUGGACCUUCCUCCCCCCCUCCCCCCUGUCCCCGCCUCUUACGCCCCGCACCACCCCCUGCCUGGUUGAAGGGUCCGGCCUGCCGGGCAGCCCGAGAGGAUGGAGAGAUCUUAGAAGAGCUCUUCUUUGGGACUGAGGGACCCCCCCGCCCUGCCCCACCACCCCUCCCCCAUCGCGAGGGCUUCUUGGGGCCUCCGGCCUCCCGCUUUUCUGUGGGCACUCAGGAUUCUCACACCCCUCCCACUCCCCCAACCCCAACCACCAGCAGUAGCAACAGCAACAAUGGCAGCCACAGCAGCAGCCCUGCUGGGCCUGUGUCCUUUCCCCCACCACCCUAUUUGGCCAGAAGUAUAGACCCCCUUCCCCGGCCUCCCAGCCCAGCACAGAACCCCCAGGACCCACCUCUUGUACCCCUGACUCUUGCCCUGCCUCCAGCCCCUCCUUCCUCCUGCCACCAAAAUACCUCAGGAAGCUUCAGGCGCCCGGAGAGCCCCCGGCCCAGGGUCUCCUUCCCAAAGACCCCCGAGGUGGGGCCGGGGCCACCCCCAGGCCCCCUGAGUAAAGCCCCCCAGCCUGUGCCGCCCGGGGUUGGGGAGCUGCCUGCCCGAGGCCCUCGACUCUUUGAUUUCCCCCCCACUCCGCUGGAGGACCAGUUUGAGGAGCCAACCGAAUUCAAGAUCCUACCUGAUGGGCUGGCCAACAUCAUGAAGAUGCUGGACGAAUCCAUUCGCAAGGAAGAGGAACAGCAACAACACGAAGCAGGCGUGGCCCCCCCACCCCCACUGAAGGAGCCCUUUGCAUCUCUGCAGCCUCCUUUCCCCACUGACACAGCCCCCACCACUACUGCUCCUGCUGUCGCCGUCACCACCACCACCACCACCACCACGGCCACCCAGGAAGAGGAGAAGAAGCCACCACCAGCCCUACCACCACCACCGCCUCUAGCCAAGUUCCCUCCACCCCCUCAGCCACAGCCACCACCACCCCCACCCGCCAGCCCGGCCAGCCUGCUCAAAUCCUUGGCCUCUGUGCUGGAGGGACAAAAGUACUGUUAUCGGGGGACUGGAGCAGCUGUUUCCACCCGGCCUGGGCCCUUGCCCACCACUCAGUAUUCCCCUGGCCCCCCAUCAGGUGCUACCGCCCCGCCGCCCACCUCAGCGGCCCCUAGCGCCCAGGGCUCCCCACAGCCCUCUGCUUCCUCGUCAUCUCAGUUCUCUACCUCAGGCGGGCCCUGGGCUCGGGAGCGCAGGGCGGGCGAAGAGCCAGUCCCGGGCCCCACGACCCCCACCCAACCACCCCCACCCCUGUCUCUGCCCCCUGCUCGCUCUGAGUCUGAGGUGCUAGAAGAGAUCAGCCGGGCUUGUGAGACCCUUGUGGAGCGGGUGGGCCGGAGUGCCACUGACCCAGCCGACCCAGUGGACACAGCAGAGCCAGCGGACAGUGGGACUGAGCGACUGCUGCCCCUCGCACAGGCCAAGGAGGAGGGUGGCGGGGUGGCAGCAGUGUCAGGCAGCUGUAAGCGGCGACAGAAGGAGCAUCGGCGGCACAGGCGGGCCUGUAAGGACAGUGUGGGUCGUCGGCCCCGUGAGGGCAGGGCAAAGGCCAAGGCCAAGGCCCCCAAAGAAAAGAGCCGCCGGGUGCUGGGGAACCUGGACCUGCAGAGCGAGGAGAUCCAGGGUCGUGAGAAGUCCCGGUCCGAUCUUGGCGGGGCCUCCAAGGCCAAGCCACCCACAGCUCCAGCCCCUCCAUCAGCUCCUGCACCUUCUGCGCAGCCCACACCCCCGUCAGUCUCCGUCCCUGGAAAGAAGGCUCGGGAGGAAGCUCCAGGGCCACCGGGUGUCAGCCGGGCUGACAUGCUGAAGCUGCGCUCACUUAGUGAGGGGCCCCCCAAAGAGCUGAAGAUCCGGCUCAUCAAGGUAGAGAGUGGUGACAAGGAGACCUUUAUCGCCUCUGAGGUGGAAGAGCGGCGGCUGCGCAUGGCAGACCUCACCAUCAGCCACUGUGCUGCUGAUGUUGUGCGCGCCAGCAAGAAUGCCAAGGUGAAAGGGAAGUUUCGAGAGUCCUACCUUUCCCCUGCCCAGUCUGUGAAACCGAAGAUCAACACUGAGGAGAAGCUGCCCCGGGAAAAACUCAACCCCCCUACGCCCAGCAUCUAUCUGGAGAGCAAACGGGAUGCCUUCUCACCUGUCCUGCUGCAGUUCUGUACAGACCCUCGAAAUCCCAUCACAGUGAUCCGGGGCCUGGCGGGCUCCCUGCGGCUCAACUUGGGCCUGUUCUCCACCAAGACCCUGGUGGAAGCGAGUGGCGAACACACCGUGGAAGUUCGCACCCAGGUGCAGCAGCCCUCAGAUGAGAACUGGGAUCUGACGGGCACUCGGCAGAUCUGGCCCUGUGAGAGCUCCCGUUCCCACACCACCAUUGCCAAGUACGCACAGUACCAGGCCUCAUCCUUCCAGGAGUCUCUGCAGGAGGAGAAGGAGAGUGAGGAUGAGGAGUCAGAGGAGCCGGACAGCACCACAGGAACCCCUCCUAGCAGCGCACCAGAUCCGAAGAACCAUCACAUCAUCAAGUUUGGCACCAACAUCGACUUGUCUGAUGCUAAGCGGUGGAAGCCCCAGCUGCAGGAGCUGCUGAAGCUGCCCGCCUUCAUGCGGGUAACAUCCACGGGCAACAUGCUGAGCCACGUGGGCCACACCAUCCUGGGCAUGAACACGGUGCAGCUGUACAUGAAGGUGCCCGGCAGCCGAACGCCAGGCCACCAGGAGAAUAACAACUUCUGCUCCGUCAACAUCAACAUUGGCCCAGGCGACUGCGAGUGGUUUGCGGUGCACGAACACUACUGGGAGACCAUCAGCGCCUUCUGUGAUCGGCACGGCGUGGACUACUUGACGGGUUCCUGGUGGCCAAUCCUGGAUGAUCUCUAUGCAUCCAAUAUCCCUGUGUACCGCUUCGUGCAGCGCCCUGGAGACCUCGUGUGGAUUAAUGCGGGGACUGUUCACUGGGUGCAGGCCACCGGCUGGUGCAACAACAUUGCCUGGAACGUGGGGCCUCUCACCGCCUAUCAGUACCAGCUGGCCCUGGAACGAUACGAGUGGAAUGAGGUGAAGAACGUCAAAUCCAUCGUGCCCAUGAUUCACGUGUCAUGGAAUGUGGCUCGCACGGUCAAAAUCAGCGACCCCGACUUGUUCAAGAUGAUCAAGUUCUGCCUGCUGCAGUCCAUGAAACACUGCCAGGUGCAACGCGAGAGCCUGGUGCGGGCAGGGAAGAAAAUCGCUUACCAGGGCCGGGUCAAGGACGAGCCAGCCUACUACUGCAACGAGUGCGAUGUGGAGGUGUUUAACAUCCUGUUCGUGACUAGUGAGAAUGGCAGCCGCAACACGUACCUGGUACACUGCGAGGGCUGUGCCCGGCGCCGCAGCGCAGGCCUGCAGGGCGUUGUGGUGCUGGAGCAGUACCGCACUGAGGAGCUGGCUCAGGCCUACGACGCCUUCACGCUGGCCCCAGCCAGCACGUCGCGAUGAGGCCGGACGCCCCGCCCGCCUGCCUGCCCGCGCAGGGCGCCGCGGGGCCACCAGCACAUGCCUGGGCUGGACCUAGGUCCCGCCUGUGGCCGGGAAGGGGGUCGGGCCCAGCCCUUCCACCCCAUUGGCAGCUCCCCUCACUUAAUUUAUUAAGAAAAACUUUUUUUUUUUUAGCAAAUACGAGGAAAAAAGGAAAAAAAAAAUGGGAGACGGGGGAGGGGGCUGGCAGCCCCUCGCCCACCAGCGCCUCCCCUCACCGACUUUGGCCUUUUUAGCAACAGACACAAGGACCAGGCUCCGGCGGCGGCGGGGGUCACAUACGGGUUCCCUCACCCUGCCAGCCGCCCGCCCGCCCGGCGCAGAUGCACGCGGCUCGUGUAUGUACAUAGACGUUACGGCAGCCGAGGUUUUUAAUGAGAUUCUUUCUAUGGGCUUUACCCCUCCCCCGGAACCUCCUUUUUUACUUCCAAUGCUAGCUGUGACCCCUGUACAUGUCUCUUUAUUCACUUGGUUAUGAUUUGUAUUUUUUGUUCUUUUUUUGUUUUUUGUUUUUAAUUUAUAACAGUCUCACUCACCUCUAUUUAUUCAUUUUUGGGAAAACCCGACCUCCCACACCCCCAAGCCAUCCUGCCCGCCCCUCCAGGGACCGCCCAUCGCCGGGCUUUCCCCGUGCCCCAGUGUGUGUCCGGGCCCGGCCCGACCGUCUCCGCCCGUCCGCCCGCGGCUCCAGCCGGGUUCUCAUGGUGCUCAAACCCGCUCCCCUCCCCUACGUCCUGCACUUUCUCGGACCAGACCCCUCACUCCCAACCCGACCCCAGCCCCACCUGAGGGUGAGCAACUCCUGUACUGUAGGGGAAGAAGUGGGAACUGAAAUGGUAUUUUGUAAAAAAAAUAAAAUAAAAUAAAAAAAAUUAAAGGUUUUAAAGAAAGAA